UCAAGACAAUGGUAAUUUGCUCUUUUCCAGAUUGAAGCAUGCAUAUGGCUGUAUUGAUCGUCUCGGAAAGCACAGGAGGGGGGCGACGGCAGAACGGGCGGCGGAGAUGAGAUGGCGACGGAGAUGGGAUCGGGGGAAAUGGAGCACGACGUCCAACGCAUCCUCGAAAAGAUCGAUCAGUUCACUCAACAGGUGUGGGAGCUGCUGGACGCAGGGAGGACGCUGUUCAAAACCCUGUCAUCGGAAUUCGAAGAACGCUUGAUCUCAAUCCACAAGGAGCAGAUGGCGAAGUGGCAGGAGGAGAUCAAGGAGAUGCAGUUGCGUGACACAUGCAACGAAGCAGCUCGAGCUCUCCUUGAGAACGCCCAGCAUUUGCUUCGCAGUGCUCCUCAGGCCUCUCCUACACAGCAGCCUCUGCAGGAUUUCUCAGGUGAAAUGUAAGUGGCGAAGGUGAAAUCUGUGCUUUUGUUUUACUCCUAUGUACUGCCUAAUUCACGAUAACACGACAAUUGUUGCACCCAUGCAACUAGCAAUUCAUAGCUGUG